AUGCGUGGUUUUGGAAUGACACCGUCAAAGACGCGGUACACAAAGAAACGAUUGUAUCAUGAGUUUCUUAUCGAUAAAACAGCGGAGCGAUGGAAUGCAUACAGAACAGCGCGAAGAGAUGCAAAACAGGCUAUAGCAGCAACCAAAUCCUCACGCUAUGCUAAUAUAUACUCAAAACUUGACACACGUGAAGGAGAGCGGGACUUACAUCGACUCGAUAAAGCAAGACAUCACAAUUCAGAAGAUGUUCAUCGGUUCUACGGAGUCAAUGAUGAGACGGGUAAUCUGCUAGUUGAUUGGAAGAAGGCCAGAGAACGAUGGCGCAGCUACUUCAAGAAGAUCUCAACAGAAGAUUCCUCCCAUCCACCAAUACCCACCGGCCAUGCUGUUGAAGGGCCCGUAAGAGAAAUUGCAGUCGAAGAAGUCAAGACUGCUUUGAAGAAAAUGAAGCCUGGGGAAACCACCGGCCCAGAUGACCUUGCAGCAGAGUUAUGGUGUUCACAUCACUGGAAGGCAGCCGAAUGGUUAACGGAACUCUUCAACAAGAUCAUUGACGACGGACAAAUAUCAGCUGAUUGGGAUCAGGGCAUCACCGUGCCUAUCUUUAAGAAGAAGGGAAUUCUCGCUGAGUGCACCAACUACCGUCCAGUUCGACUUCUCUGCCAUGCUAUGAAAAUCUUUGAGCGUGUUCUGGACCAAAGGAUCCCACUUCGACAGCAUGAUGUGCCGGAGCAGCUUAUUAACUGGGUGCAGUUACUUCAUGCACAGCCGAGAAGUUAUGUCCAUACAACCUCAGGACUAUCCAAGGACUUCCUCAUCACUGUCGGCGUCCAUCAAGGUUCUGCAUUAUCACCACUUCUGUUCAUUCUUGUAAUGGACAGUAUGACAGCUGACCUGCACCGGCCGUUACCAUGGACCCUACAUUAUGCUGACAACGUGAUGCUGGCAGCAGAAAACAGGCCUGAUCUGCAGAGCCUAACUCAAGAACUGAGUGACCAGUUGGAGCAACACGGUUUGAGCCUUAAUUUGAAGAAAACCGAGUACAUAACAUCAGACAGACAAGAAAUGGGAACCAUCACGAUUAAUGGUGAAGAUCUGACUCGUGUAAGUUUAAGUACCUUGGUUCCAUGA